UGAUACCCUUCAUACCAACCAACAUGUCGAUGCCGUCUGGUGUUGAGGUGCCGACUGAGUGUAUCACCGCAUUCAAAGAGCUUCUGUAUAAAAAAGGAGGAAACAAACUUACCUUUGUGAUCUACAAAAUCUCCGACGACAACCGAUCAAUUAUCGUGGAGGAGAAGUCCUCCGAGAAGAGCUACGAAGAAUUCCGCCAAAAGGUCACUUCGUCUGUUGAGAAUGGACAGCCUGUGCCCCGUUAUGCAGUAUACGACGUGGAAUAUGACCUGAAGGACGACGGUCGGAGGGCAACGACGGUCUUUAUUAGUUGGGUGCCCGACGGAACAUCUACCAAGUUUCGGAUGUUAUAUGCUGCAACCAAGGAGCAGCUGCGAAGAGCACUCGAUGUCAAAGUGUCCAUUCAUGCAGACGAUCCAUCGGAUAUAGAAUGGAAGACGGUAUUACGAGAGGCGAGUGGUGGGCGAGCGCAAGUCUAGUUUCUAUUUCUUUUGUAUCAAUCUAUAUCAGCACUC